UCCGCUGAUUCAUUACUAGUGCUGCAAUUUGCUUGGAACUUUCGAGAAAAAACAACGAAUUUAUGCUUAUUUAUGUACAUUAAGGUUUUCGGAGUUUUGUCACCGAUAUGUUUAUGAUUCCCAAAGCGGUUAACACUCCUCUAACUUGCACAAAUGUUUCGUAGUACCGCCAAAUUAAAACUGUUUAGGAUAGACUAUGCGUGUCUGUUAUGAUGACAGCCAUCGGUGUUACUAUUUAUAGCAAAAUCACAACAACACGCAAGUGGGAAAUCGAAACAAAGAGGAUUCAAAGUGGAAAGGUGGAUUUGGUGUAACAGUGCUUAAUUUAUUGAAUAAUUUAUUGUUGAAUAUUUAGAGGAAUAGUUAAACAAAAUGAUCAAACAGUAUUUUACAGACGGGUUAAUACAAAUAGCAAUUAUUCUCAGUUUAUUGCGGACAGAUUUGAACAGCAUUUUGAAUGGGAAUCUCAUACAGUAUCCUGAAGUUCAGGAAAUAUUAUUGGGACAAACUGCAGCGUAUAUUCCAUCAAAUAUCCAUAACCAGUUUUAUAGUUCAAACAGUUUGAGUAAUUUUGUUCACCCCAAAAAUUUUGACAGUGAUUUCAAUUCAGUGCUAUUCCGUGAUUUACAAAGUCUUUCAAGAUUUGCACCUUUUGAAAAUACUGACAUAUCGGCCUUCUUAGUUGAUGCAGUUUCCACAUUGCCUUCAAGCUUUGCAGCAAGUACACCACAGGAUAAUACUACACCAAAUAUAAACAGUUCAGCGUCGGUGGAAAACGAUGGCUCUGUUGAAUUGGCAAAUGGUGUCACUGAGCCAUUCAAUGUAACUGACGAUGAAACUGUGGGUGCCACUGCGUUAUUAAUACCAAAUGAAGUGGCAAGUGAUCCGAGUGAAGAGGAUCUAGAUUUGAUUGAUGUACUAUGGAGACAGGAUAUAGAUUUAGGUGUAGGUAAAGAUGUGUUUGACGUCAAAUUAAGACGAGAAUUAGAACGCGAUAGAGAAAUAGAACUACAGAAAAAGAGAGAAAAGCAAAAAGAAUUGGAAAUAUUACGUCAAAAAUUACAAGAUGAAAAGAGAAAUCAAGAGCAACUAUGGCGGACUAAUCAUUUUACCCAAGAUGGGGAAACUGGUGAAUGGGUUCCUCUUACCCAGGAUAAUAAUCUUUUACAAGCGCCAGAAGAUAUAGCAUUGACUGAUGUAUUAAAUGAUGCCCAGUUGUCACAUUUAGAUGAGAAUUUUUCUCUACAAGAGGCUUUGGAUUUUUUGAAUCAGGAAGUUGGAAAUUAUUCUUUAUUUGAAACAAAUAAUAAUUCUAUAUUACCACCACAAGAGCCAGUAUCGCCAGUAGCCCCUGUCAUACCAGUUCCUCAAGCCCCACCAAUUGACACAUCAUACCUUAAUAUUAGCACACAACCUGAACCAUAUUAUAAUCAAAAUGAAGUGGCCCAGCCACAAAAUGUUGAGAGACAUGAAAGUUUUGAAGAUAGAUGGCAAGAUUUAGUCACUCUGUUGGAAUUGACUCAUGAAUCACAGCCUGUGGAUGAUGUUACUCCUAUGAACAUUAGUUCUAUGAAUAUAAGUUCCAUGAAUAUUAAUUCACCUGAUUCUGAUGACAGUGUUCUUCUACAAAACGCCACCUUACCGGUACCGCCUUCAGAUAUAAAUCUCACUUCCAUAAUACAAACAGCAACAAAUGAAUCAGGGUUGAUGCCGCCAAGUCAGGAUUACAAUGCAUCUAUUCCGAAUACUGGAUCGUUAACCAAUCUAGACUGGAAUACAGAGAGCAUGUUCUUAUCUAACUUGUCAACUAACAUCAAUAGUACAGAAGUUGGUGAUUUAUUCCUGGCUGAUGAAGAAUUAGACAUUGCUUUCACUGAAGGUCUUGAAACUAUUCAGAUGUUAGAUGACGGAGGUAGUGAUUCAGCUAUAUCAAUGGGAAGUGCUUCACCGAUACAGGAGCCCAAUGAUUCAUGUAGUAUGUCCCCAUAUGAUGGUGUAGAGGGAGCCACUGGUGGCAGUGAUUAUGAUAGUCCCACAUUUUCAAAAUCAUCCAAAUACGAUGGAGACGAGUAUCAUUUCAACUUCAAUUCUUAUGGCUACAGUCGCAGUGAAUCAUCACCCAGCAAUUUCUCAACUUCAUCUAACGACACAGAGUUCAGUCGUCAAAGUGGAGACUCCCAGCAUAUUCAUCAUAACCACACCUAUCCUGCUCCACCUGGCAUGCAGCCGAAAGAAGUCAAGAAAUACAUGAAAUCAGAAAAGCCUAGGCAUAAGGGACCUGCACCCAAGGAUGCUAAAAGAGCAGCAGAACUAAAAGUACCCUUUACAGUUGAAGAGAUAACAGAGUCGCCAGUAGAAGAAUUUAAUGAGAUGCUGACCAAAUACAAAUUAGAGGAUGCCCAACUACAGCUGAUCAGAGACAUCAGACGUAGAGGCAAGAAUAAGGUGGCUGCACAGAAUUGCAGGAAACGGAAAAUGGACUUAGUAAUGACUGUGGAAGAGGAGUUGACCCAGUUGAAACAUACACGAGAUAAGUUGAUUAAUGAACGCCAGGUGAUUGACAAACAAGCACGGGAAAUGAAGGCCAAAUUCAGUCAGAUGUACCAGGAAAUAUUUGACUCUCUACGUGAUGAACAUGGCCAUCCUUAUGAUCCUAAUGAAUAUUCAUUGCAGCAGUCUAGUGAUGGUGAUGUAUUUUUGGUUCCCAGAAAUGUUAGCUGUGCUAGUGGAAACUCUGAAGACCAAGCAAAAAUAAAUAAAAAGAGGAAAAACCACAAGAAGUAAAGAUUCCAAUUUGUGGCAGAAGUAAAAUAUUAAAAGAUAUAUAUAUCUAUCUGUUUUAAUCUUUAGUGUAAUUCUUAAGAUGCUUUUCUGGUCAAAUUCAUGAUUAUUUGUAAAAGUAAACACAGUUGAAUUUGAGACAUGAUUUGAAGUAUCAUAUUAAUACAGAAACUGGAUGUUUUUGACUAGUAGACCCAAUCAUCAUGAUAACUUGUUGGUAAUGAGAUUUGGUGCAAAUUUCAAAACUUGGCAGCUGGUUUAAAAAUAUCUAUAAUAUGAAUUGCCCUCCAAAUAAAAUGCACAAGGUAGCUUAGUCUUGGCUAAAACUUUAGUGAGUCCCAUUUUGAGUGAAUUUGAUCAUAAUAUUAGUUGUGACUGUGUAUAUAUGUGCAUCAAGUAUGAUGUACAAUAAAGGUUUUAAGUUCUAAAUUAUUGCAGAAAGUGCUAUACAAUAUAUGUAGAUUUAAUGGGCAUUGUUUAAGAAGUGGUAUGUUAGAAAAGUGACUGAAUCAUAUUCUCAUUUUUGGUUAGUUAAAUAAAUAAUAGCACAGUUGUUUACACAUUCCAUUUCUUUUGUUUAAACAAUUCAUACACUUUAAAGAGACCAUUUAGUAUAUAGCCUAUCAUAUUCCGGUGCUUUUGUGGUAGAUUUAUGUAGAUAUAUACAUGCUUAUAUAUCAUAGCAAUAUCAUUUUUUCACCAUAUUGCCUGAAUAUUUAUAUUGGUUCUAGAUGUAAAAAUGAAGUCCUGAAAGGAAAUAUUUAUCUUCAUUUUAGGAACUAUCAUUUCACUCUUAUCUGUGUUUAGGAAAUAUUAUGUUCUUAAAUUAAUUUUAGCAACUGGUCCAUCAAGUGGAAAAUAUUGUUAAAAAAUAGGUUAUAGUUGGUUUUAUUGUUUUAACCAAAUGACUUAAUUGUUUUGGAUUUUUUAAAAAAAAAAAAAGAAAAUUGUAAAUGUUACAUUAUAAAAUGUAUUAUCCUGAAAACAUUUGUUGGUAAUAUAGCGUGAUUCAUUUCGAGGAAAGAUUGUUUGUUGGGCCAGCACAUUCAGUGACAUAGUGUAAAUUUUCUUCCUUUCGAAUUUGUGUUAAGAUGAAGACAAAUUGCUUGUUGAUUGGUAUGCACAUUUUGGCAUAAGACGGGUUCGUAAAAUAUCAUUACUAUUCUUGGCUCUUGUUUUAGCAUGGGAUGCCUGGAUGAUCACAUUAACUAUGACAUUAUAUCAGAUGUGUUGUUCAGAAAUGUGUAGCCAAGGGUACUAAUGACAGUUACAGAGUGCAAAUAUAUGAAAAUUCACUAUGAAAAGUUUGCAGAGAAAAGGGAAGCCUGAUUAAAACAACAUGUGAAAAUUGCUGUAGUGUUGGCUGGCCAUAAUCAUUUGUAUUGUUAUCUACUCCAUGUAAAUAUUAUUAAGUUUGUGUACAUAGACAUAUAUUGAUUACACUGUGUUAGUGAGUUUAGAGAAAUAUAUCAUUCAUCCUUACUACUCAUUCAUAUUCAUACAUUAAUUAUUCAUUGAUUAUUAAUUACAUCAGCAAUCUAUUAAAUUGAAAUUCUCAAUUAACAUUAGAAAUAUUCUGUUAUAUUCUAAUUAAUUGUAUAUUUUGAAGAAAAAGAAAUAAAAAGUUAAAAAUA